AGGACUAGCUGGGGGACUAGAUCUAGAAGCGCUUGCGAGGGGGGACGUCCUGGGUGAUUGAGGAGGGCGUGGACGUGUCUGGUGUGGGAUGCAGUGGAAAGGAAGGGCCCAGCCACAAAUCCGGAGUAGCUCUGUGGAUGGUUCCUCAGAGGCACGCUCUUCACGGUUGCCCUUUUAUUUGGCAACACGAGAGCCCACAUGCUCUCUGUUCAAAUUCUGGGAACUCUGUCUCUGGGUGAAUUUACCCUGCACUGUAGGACUCCCCAGGGCCUUUUCUGAUACUGGGUACAGACGUGGGAAAGAUGUCAGAAAACAGGAAGCCGCUUCUGGGUUUCGUGCACAAACUCCCCAAUGCGAACGCACCUGGGAACUCAGGCAAGACUCACUGCCCUUCCUGUCUGGAGCUUUUCAAAGCCCCCAGGCUCUUGCCUUGCUUGCACACAGUAUGCACCACGUGUUUGGAAAAGCUGGAACCGUUCUCAGUAGUGGACAUACGUGGGGGUGACUCAGACACCAGCUCCGAGGGGUCCCUCUUCCAGGAACCCAAGCCACGCAGCUUGCAGCCGCAGGUUGGCAUCCUCUGUCCGGUAUGUGAUGCUCAGGUGGACCUGCCCUUGGGUGGAGUGAAGGCUUUAACGAUAGACCACCUGGCCAUGAAUGACGUGAUGCUGGAGAGUCUGCGCGGGGAAGGCCAGGGCCUGGUGUGUGACUUGUGCAGCGACCGAGAAGUAGAGAAGAGGUGUCAGACCUGCAAGGCCAAUCUCUGCCACUUCUGCUGCCAGGCUCAUAGGCGGCAGAAGAAGACGAUGUAUCAUACCGUGGUGGACCUGAAAGACCUGAAAGGCUACAGUCGGGUUGGAAAGCCCAUCCUGUGUCCUGCUCACCCUGCGGAGGAGCUGAGGCUGUUCUGUGAACUCUGUGACCAGCCGGUGUGUCGGGACUGUGUGGUUGGGGAGCACCGGGAGCACCCCUACGACUUCACCAGCAACGUCAUCCACAAGCAUGGAGAUUCUGUGCGGGAGCUCCUGAGAGGCACCCAGCCCCAUGUGGAGGCCCUGGAGGAAGCCCUGGCUCAGAUUGAAAGCAUGAACAGUGGCCUCCAGGAGCGAGUGGAUGCUGUGGCAGGCGACGUCCGGACAUUCUCCGAGGGCUACAUCAAAGCCAUCGAGGAACACCGGGACAGACUGCUCAAGCAGCUGGAUGACAUACGGGUCCAGAAGGAAAACUCUUUGCAGUUGCAGAAGGCCCAGCUGGAACAGCUGCUGGCUGAUAUGCGGACCGGGGUGGAGUUCACCGAGCACCUGCUGACCAGCGGCUCAGACCUAGAAAUCCUCAUCACCAAGGGGGUGGUGGUCGAACGGCUCCGAAAGCUGAACAAAGUGGAGUACAGCGCCCGCCCGGGAGUGAACGAUAAGAUCUGCUUCUCUCCUCAGGAGAAGGCCGGCCAGUGCCGGGGCUAUGAAGUCUACGGGGCCAUUAACACCAAAGAAGUUGAUCCAGCUAAAUGUGUCCUUCAGGGAGAAGAUCUCCACAGAGCUCGAGAGAAGCAGACGGCAUCUUUUACCCUGCUUUGUAAGGAUGCCACGGGAGAGAGCAUGGGCCGGGGAGGAGACAAUGUCCAGGUCGCGGUCGUCCCCAAAGAUAAGAAAGACAGCCCCGUCAGAACGGUGGUCCAGGACAACAAGGAUGGAUCAUACAAUGUUUCCUUCACUCCCAAGGAACCUGGAGUCUAUACCGUGUGGGUCUGCAUCAGAGAGCAGCACGUGCAGGGCUCACCCUUCACCAUGACUGUGAGGAGAAAGCACCGCCCGCAUCAAGGGGUGUUUCACUGCUGCACCUUCUGCUCCAGUGGAGGCCAGAAAACUGCACGCUGCGCCUGCGGAGGUACCAUGCCAGGUGGGUACCUCGGCUGUGGCCAUGGACACAAAGGACACCCAGGUCGUCCGCACUGGUCUUGCUGUGGGAAGUUCCUGGAGAAGUCUGAGUGCACAUACCCAGGUGGGCAGAGCGCACCGAGGAGUCUGCUUAGGACCGUGGCCCUCUGACAGCGUACUGGGUACAGGUUCAGCUCGGUAAACCCGAAGGCAGCAUUACUCAGAUGUGCGGAGGACCGAAGAGCUUGAGGAGUUCCAAAGAGACUGACAGAAUUAAGGACAAAGUGCUUUCUCUAACCUAAGAGUUAAGUGGGAUUUUUUGAAUAUGUGAGCUUCUCGUCUAUUGUGUGUGGCUGAGUGUGGGCCACCACUACACUGCUCUUCAAGGCGGGCUGAUGAUCUGCUCCACAGGAGGCUCCUUUCUGUUUCAUACAGGUAUCAAAGUGGGAACAUAACGAUCACGGAGCAGGGAGGAUGUUCUCUCCUUACCUUCCAUUGUAUUACAACCUCUUCGGUUUAUCCCUGAGCUAGAAUUUAAGUGCUUCUCGCAGAGAGUGAAAACCCUUUGUCCCUUGUUAGUAUCCGUUCAGUGGUUUUUCCAUGGUUUUCCAUGGUUUGUGACAAUUAUAACAUCGUUUUGUUAUUUAGCUAAGAGCCUGGGUGCUAAUCUGUGUAAUGACUCAUCUGUAGGCUACACAGGUAGACAUUAAUAAGGAGGGAUGGUGUGGAAAGAUCUCACCCAUCUGUUGAGUUCUUCUUACACCAGAUGCUGGAGAGUCCUCCGUCCUCACAGCUCUGACAGUGGAGAGUUUCUGCUGUGUCUCUAUAUCCAGCCGAAAGCACUGACUCUGCAGGUCCACCCUAGCAGCUAAGAAUUCUGGGAAAAAGACUUAGCAUGGCCUCAGCCCCGCCAAGGUCUUCCACGCAUACACUUUGUGUGUUCUGGGAGCCUUGGCUUCUUUUACAGCAGUAAACUCAGCACAUAUUAAAUAUAAUUACCGAAAGAUUUCUUAGGAAGUGGUGACUCAUUGGAGUGGUCACUUGAGUAAUGCCAAGGAGGUGACAUGUUUAGUUGACAGCUGUGAGGUCACCACACAAUACAUUUCCUUCUUGGAGCUGCUACACUAGUUACAGACAUGAAGAUACUAAGUUUCUUCCUUUAGCCCCUUUCUGUAAGCCAAAUCUGAUUUUCCCAGAAAACAUGGCCGCCCAUCACCUUCAAGGUUGUUGAUUGUUGUUCACGCUUUAUGUCUCUUGAGCGGAACCACCGCUACUUUGAGAUACUGGUUUUGCCGCACUCCUACCUCCCUGAGGAAUGCCUGGCAGAAUCACGGGGAUUCAGGGCCUAGUAGCAUCUAGUGUGGUUACAGGUCAGACUGCUGCUUGACUUCCUUUCCCUUCUCCUCUGCUCAUCCUUGCCUUUCCCUGUCCUCUGUACCCCAGGAGAGCUGAAGAGCAGUUCGUCCCUUUCCUUCCUGUUCCCAAGACCUCAUUCUGUCACUUAGAUACCAUUCAUACAGUGACUCCUCGGUGCCCCAGGUCUGCUCUCUAGAUAACUGUGUCCAAUGGCUCACAUCACAUCUCCCCUUGUGUGUACAGUAAGCAUCACAUUUAAAUGACGCCCAGUGUCUAGCUGUCACUUCCUCCUGCCUGCCAUCACCAAACUGCUUCUCCUGUAGUCCUCCCCUGCACUUCAAAUACACCACUCUGUCCUUAGGUUGGGAGGCCUGGAAACAUCAUGUGUGCACACACAUCCAAGCCACAGGAACGGCCACCAACUUUCCCUUAACGCACCCACUGCUCUCUACGUCCACUGCUGCUGUCCGGGUUUGAGAUACCAAGGUUUCCCAACUAAAAGGUUUGUCAUUGUCUUCUAACCACCCUGCUUCUGCCUUUCCCCCUUCUACUAUGUCCCCCAGGAGAGAGCCUCUCAAAAUGUCCCAUCAUUCCGCUCAGUACCCUCCAGUGGCCUCCCAUCUUACUCAGAACAAAGCCAGCAUACAAUGCUUCAUUCCCGUUACCAUGUAUGACCAUCGUGGUCUGAUCCAUGCUCUUUCUGGUCAGCACCUGCUGUCCCCUAUCCAGCCAUGGUGACCCUGGUGGGUGUUCCUCAGACUCAGACAGUCUUAUCUUGGAGCUCUUACAGUCACUGGUCCUGUCUGACGUGCCCUUCUCAAAGAUGCAAACCUUCAUGAUUCACUCUGAUUUCUCCAAGUUUCCGCUCUACUCUAGCGUCAGCUCCAUCCUAUUAGUGAGCUCGCCACCUGCCCUGUAUAAAACAGCAACACCCUACCCAGGAGAAGACCUCACCCUGCACAGCUUCAUCACUGUCUGCCAUGUAUAAUAUACUUCCUGGAGACUUUGAGCUCCCUGAGGGCAGGGACUUGACUUAGUAAUUGUACUAUUCCCAUGCGGGGCAGAUAUUGGCUCAAAGUAGAGACAAUAGUGUAUUGAAUGAAUAACAACA